AUGACAAACAUACAAUACCAUUAUUUUAUCAUUCAUUAUUACUUAUAUUUCAAGGCUGUCGCUGCUCUCUUCUGGGUUUUCCCUACUUUACUGUGUCGAAAGUUUUUUUUUCCGACAAAUUGCAAAAGGACCUUCUACAGAAAUUUGUUUUUUCUUUUUUUUGUUAACGGCAUUUCUUUAAAAAGAAAAAAAAAAAUGGAUGUUACUAAAGAACAGAUCCUUCAUAGGUUGACUGUUCUUAAAAUCAAAGUCGAGGAACGACUGAAGUUGUGUCGUGGAGACAGAGUAACGCCUCAUGUUUUCUCUGUCUUCCGAAAGGAUAUUCUGCAAUACAUCUUCGAAAUGGAGACUUGUAUCACAAAAUUAGAGCUGGGCUCCUUCCCCGAGACGGACUUGCUUGAGACCGAAGCUGAAUGGGCGCCUCGACUAAUGGAGUACCACCGAGAACUGGGCGAUCUGGAUGGUUCAUUUUCUCCCAGUUCCUGCUUGGAUCCUGUUUCCCAGUCGUUUGGGGCCUGGUUCCCUUGGAACUGUGGACUCCUUUUGUCAGGAGACAAGAUCCCUUGUGAAGUGGCCCACCUCUCCUUUAAUACUGUAAUGGGGAUACCCCCAGAACCGACACGUGACUGGUUAUUUGUCGUGCUGAAGGAUUAUUUCUUUUUUUCUGCUCUGUUACUCGACCUAGUUGGAGCAGGUCGCAAGAGGAGGAUUCCUUUUGCAACCCUUACCAGGCUGUCGCUGCUCUCUUCUGGGAAGGCGUGUCAAAGAAAAGAACAAUCAGUGGCAUUUUCUAUCUAUCUAUCUAUCUAUCUAUCUGAACCUGUUCAUCUAUCUAUCUAUCUAUCUAUCUAUCUAUCUAUCUAUCUAUCUAUCUAUCUCUAUCUAUCUCAACCUGUUCAUAUCAACCUAUCUAUCUGUCUAUAUCAACCUAUCUAUCUAUCUAUCUAUCUAUCUAUCUAUCUAUCUAUCUAUCUAUCUAAACCUGUUCAUAUCAUCUAUCUAUCUAUCUAUCUAUCUCUAUCUAUCUAUCUAUCAUCUAUCUAUCUAUCUAAACCUGUUCAUAUCUAUCUAUCUAUCUAUCUAUCUAUCUAUCUAAUCUGA